CCCCAUUUCAUUUGGUUUGGCUGCAUGACGUACGUUACAACCUGCUUUAAUUAACCUUUUCCUUUCGUUUUCUCCCUUCCCUUCUCCUCCUCCUCCUUCAUUCUCCUUCUUCUUCUGGCCUGCCUGAUCCAGUACUUCCUUAAUUAGCAGCCUAAUCAUCUGAUUACGCCUAAUUGUCCUCAUGGGAGGAGCGUUCAAAGCGAACCGAGUGGUUUACAAGGCGGCGAGUAGCAUCGACGUGGCUCGUCGUCGUCUUCCGGCGAAUUCCGACGACGACGGCGAAGAAGAAGAUCAAUCUUAUCUCCAUCCCGAUGUCAAAGCUCCGCGGAUGGGCGGAGUGGUGGUGAAAGUGUUCGCGUGGUUUCUGGAGUCACGGAUUUUGGGCGCCUUGCUGCUUUACCUCCUCAAGAGAAACAAUCUCAUCCACAAGCUUGUGACAAAUGCAGAGCUGGAAGAGUCGCCUCUUUAUGUCCCUCUGCAUCCUUUUCAAGAGUUGGAGGAGCAAGAAGUGAAGCAAAUUGAGCCAUCAUCAGAUCCAGCAAGUCAGGUCCAACAAGCAGUUGAGAAUUGCCUGCUGCCUUUGUCAUCACCAAAUUGCUCCACUACUACUUCACCUGGUUUCCAUCGGUGGACCGUCAUGGACUACUAUAACGCCUAUACUACUCGACAGAUUACUCCCACCAUGGUGGCAGAAAGGUUAAUAGCAGCCAUUGAAGAAAGUUCGACUGCGCCAUGGGAUAUGGGAUUCUUUAUCAAUCACUGUCCAAAAGACAUCCUCAAACAAGCCUCGGAAUCAACUCUUCGAUAUGAAAGAGGAGAGGCAAUAUCAGUUCUCGAUGGUGUCCCCAUUGCCGUCAAAGAUGAGAUUGACUGUGCUCCCUAUCCCACAACUGGAGGAACAAAGUGGCUACACAAAGCAAGAGCAAGUGAAGGUGACGCGGAAUGUGUAGCGAGGCUGAGGCAAUGUGGGGCGAUUCUCGUUGGCAAAACUAACAUGCACGAGCUUGGAGCUGGGACCAGUGGCAUUAAUCCUCAUUAUGGGGCUACUAGAAAUCCGUUCGAUGUAGGGAAGAUUGCUGGAGGUUCAUCCAGCGGAUCGGCGGCAGUGGUGGCUGCGGGCCUUUGCCCUGCCGCCCUAGGUGUUGAUGGUGGAGGAUCUGUAAGAAUGCCUGCAGCACUGUGUGGCGUUGUUGGUUUCAAACCCACCUUUGGCCGCGUACCACACUCCGGUGUUCUUCCUUUAAACUGGACAGUAGGGAUGGUGGGUGUAUUGGCAGGCACAGUCGAGGAUUCAUUGAUUGUCUACGCAGCCAUUAGCGGAGACACACAAAAAACUUCGGAGAUGAAGAAUAACAAGAAGCCGAAUCCUACAAAGCCAAAACUAUAUCUUCCACUGCUGGAAUCAACAAGUUCAGUCACAAAUAUUAAACUAGCAAGAUAUAAAGAGGUAAGAACUACGUGCUACAUCUUUAUGUUAAUUUGUUUUCCUGGACGACUCUGUAAUUAACAAUGACUUGUGCUCUUGAUGUUUCGUUGGAUUAAUGGAUGGAACAGUGGUUCAAUGAUUGCACAGAGGAGAUCAGGGAGUGUUGUUCCCACGCGCUGGAUCUCCUCUCGCAGAAAUACGGGUGGAAGACGGUGGAGGUGGUCAUACCAGAAAUAGAAACGAUGCGGUUGGCACAUUACGUAACGAUAGGAUCGGAAUGCAGUACCGCGCUUGGCCCUCACCUCCACAACUCCAAGAAAGUGGGAAAGAUGGGGUGGGAUGUGAGGGUGGGCCUCUCUGUUUAUGGCGCUUUCAGCAGUAAAGAGUACAUCCAGGCUCAAAGGCUAAGGAACCGGCAACUAGAGAUCCACAGGAAGGUGUUUGCAAUGGCGGAUGUGAUCGUUUCACCAACCACAGGAGUGACAGCUUAUCCAAUAUUGAACGACUGCCUCAAGACUGGCGAACUAGAUUACGUCAAUGGAGCUGCGCUUGUUCGGUACCAAAUAGCUGGGAAUUUCUUGGGAUUACCUGCAAUUACUGUCCCUGUGGGAUAUGAUAAGAAAGGGCUGCCAAUUGGGCUUCAGUUCAUAGGCCAGCCGUGGUCCGAACCAACUCUCCUCCACGUUGCAUUCGCCAUGCAGGGCCUGUGCAACCAAGGAUACAAAAAGCCAGAGGCUUUCUACGAUUUGCUCCACAAAUAGCUAUACCAUCAAGAACAAAGGGGGGGGAAACAAUGGAGAGAAGUAAUAUAUAAGCGCAUGCAGAUGCAGUUGGGUUGGGAUGAAAUAAGAGGAAAUGGCCUGCUAGAACAUCAUUUCAUUAGUUGUAGUAGUUCAGCGACAAUCAUGCACAAACGAGAAAAUAAUAAAAAGUGAAAAGCAGAGCUUAAUCGGUAGUAAUACAUACAGAGUAGUACUGCAGCAGUGAGUGGUCUGUCUCUGUUGAUAGAUUUUUCUUUCUUUCUCAAAUAAAACUCGCGGCGGCAUGCAGACAGAGUUUGGAAUGGUAAAGUUAGUGAAAAUGUACCCAUUUCUUCUGCUUUUUUUUGCUGCAUAUGGAAGCACAACGGUUGGAUGAUCAUAUUAGCUAGUGCCCAUCUGCAUCUGCUCAUCAUGUGAAUGUUCUCUUCUUUUAUCUUCUGUUGUCGCCUCGCCUGUACUUGUGUAGGUCAUAGGUCGCCUAACCAUUGACAUCACAUUCACAUGCUCUCUCCUCUCUUUGCUUUCUAACCUCCUCAAGUGACCUCCAACUCAUGUUCUCUGCCCACUCCCCAUUUUCAUUUUUCUUCACCUGUUGUUGGAUAACAGUCACAUCAAUCCCGACAUCCAACAACUGUACACGACUUCUUCUUUCCAGUUUCCCAUAUCUUCAUAUGCUAACUGAAAGUCUGAAACCAUCACCAUUAGCAGCAGAAGAUAUUACUGCAGUAAUUCUUUAUGAAGGGGAAGAUGACUUUACACAUGGGAAAGAAGAAAACCCAGAAUUGGUAGCAAUGCCAAAAUGCCAUCCCAUUUUUUUUGCUUUCUCGCUUUCGUUUUAUUAUUGUCAUAACCACCAAAUCCAAUACCAACAUUUACAUGCUAACCUAUUAGCUCUGUAUGUGCAAUACCAAGCUGCAAAUAUCCAACGCCAUGCAAUUUCCAUCUCUCCCUCAUGCAAAUCUCCAUCUCACCCUCGAAUUUUCACUACCCCGCGACCAAAACAAUCUCUGUUUCGUUAUUCGACAUUUUGGAAUCCUGCACUGCACUACAUAACUAGCAAGUCUUCUUCCAUAGUUGCAAGAGACUUUAGCUGAAGACCCAGAGAUGAGAUUGUCUUCUUGCACUCUGCAAACUUAGCAGCUGCAGCUGCUAGCUCUCUCUCCUGCCAUCCAACACCUCUUCAUUAAAGCUUGUAAUCCGCUUGAGGUCAGCUUUUUGAAGGAGUUCAGAUUCAAGUUUCAUUUCGUGAAGCUUGUUCUCCAAGUCGAGACACUUCUUUUCAUUGUCAGCUGCUGAAGCAUGCCCCUUUUCAACCUCUGCUGUUAAUGAAUCAACUUUAGAAAGCAAGGUUCCAAUCUCCUCCUCAGAAGUUCUAAGCUGUGACUCUGCAACUUCUUUCAUCACCAGAACACCCUUAAGCUCCUCUUCUCUGGCUUUUGUUGUCUCAUUCGAAUGAGCUAACUCAGCUUGAAGUACCGAGAACUUCUCAUUCGCUUCCUUCAGCUGAGUUUUUAAGAUGGCUAGCUGACUCUGGCACUCAUUCAAAGCAGACUCCAACUUGACCUUUUCGCCUUCAACCUUUUCCAACUUUUCCUCUAGAUCAGUAGUCUUCUGAUUAAUCACGGCCGCAUGUUCAGCUCUCCAUUGACUCUCAAUGCUGUUGCUUCGUUCGGAUACUGGUCCGCCUGCCUCAUGAAAAGAGCUUCCACCACUAUCCGUGUCAGCCAAAGCAGCAAGUCUUUCCAUCUCCAGAAAAUCAUCCAUGAGAUUGAUCUCUGGAGAAGGCAACAGCAUGAGCUGGUUUCUUCCAGUACUUUUCCGAUUUUUGAAACCAUCAGGCUCCCAUGAACCUGAAGAACUUGGCUCGAGUUCAUUCAUUUCCAAGCCAUUCACUUUCUGUGAGUCACACUCCACCAUCUCUAGUAGCCUCUCACCACUAUCCGACUGGCUGUCUUCGGUGAAGGACUCGACAUAGAUUGAUGAAGGAGAAGCCUUUCGAGCCGCCAUAGCCUUCAUCCUGCGGCACUCAGCUUCAAGCCUAGCUACUUUCUUAAUGGCAUCCAAUUGCUGUUUGCUAGCAGUUUCAGCAGCUUGACAGCUGAGGUCUCUUUCCAUAAUCUUCAUCUCCAAUUCCUCAGCUCGAGAGAGAAGUGUCAGCUUGAGGGAAGAGUUCUCUUUCUCUAAACUCUCCAUCUUAGCUCGAAACUCGGAAUCGAGUGACGAUGUUGCAGCCUGAAGUUCAUGUUGCAGUUGAGAGAUCUGGGAAUCGAGCUCGGACUUCGUGGACUCCCAUUCACGAGUGGUGUUUGCAAGAGCCUCAGAUAUCCUUCGUUCUUGAU